AUGAAAUUUUUCAGACUAAAAGAAAACAAUCCAAAUGUGUUUUGUAAAGCGUGGGUAAGAUCAGCACAAAUGAGUAUUAAUAUAAAAAAAGCAACAUUACUACGAGAAGAUGAAGACCCAGAAAGCAAUGAAAGAUUCCUUUCGUUGUGGCCAUAUAUUGAAAAUUUUGUGGAUAAACUUAUCCUUGAAUUUCACUGUGAUCAAACAAAAGUAAUUGAUGCAUGUCAAAAACUUGGUGCUAGACACGUACUUAUUAAAAACUUCCACACUAACUUUUGGGAUAUUUUUUUGGGAAAUUUGAUACAGAUUAUGAUAGAUGCACAUCCAGAGAAAGAACAAAAAGGUCUUACUGAUAUUUGCAAAAAAUUUUUCUCAUUCGUCGUCAGCUAUAUGCGUGAUGGAUACAAGAAACGAAGUCAAGAACAAUUAACUUGUCGUAGGCGUAUGAACGUUUCAAAAUAA